CCAUUGCUAACAGGUGCAUGAAAUUAAGCAUGCAGCCUUGCAAUUUCCUUAGGCAAACGUUGGCAGUAGAAUGGGUCGCACCGAAGAGCUCAGUGACUUUCAACAUGGCACUGUCAUAGGAUGCCACCUUUUCAACAAGUCAGUUCGUGAAAUUCCUGCACUGCUAGUGCUGCCCCGGUCAUGGACCUGCGCCUCCGGUAAAACCGUGGUGAUGGAGAACAGCCAGGGGCCGAGUCGUGCCAGGGAGGCUCAGGAAUGCCCGGCGGGGGCGUCGCCGUACUGCUGCUCCGCCUGCGAUGGGGGGGACGCGCACGGCCGGGGACACGCCCUCCGCGGCAGGACCAAGGCCCGAAGCAUGUCCGCAUCCAGCGACUACAGGAGGAACCAGUCUCUGCAUGGACCGAGCCCUGUGACCACCUUUGGACCAAAAGCCUGUAUGCUGCAGAACCCUAAAACUGUCAUGCACAUUCAGGAUCCAGCCAGCCAGAGAUUAACGUGGAACAAACCCCCCAAAAGUGUCCUUGUCAUUAAGAAGAUCAGAGAUGCCAGUUUACUACAGCCUUUCAAAGAGCUGUGCAGAUUCCUCACUGAGGUGAAAGGCAUGAUUGUCUACGUGGAGCAGAAAGUUCUGGAAGAUCCAGCCAUCGUGGCCGACGAGAGCUUUGUGGCGGUGAAAAAGACGUUCUGCACUUUCGAAGAAGAUUUCGACGAUAUUUCUGACCAGGUGGACUUCAUCAUCUGCCUGGGAGGAGACGGAACUCUGCUGUACGCCUCGUCCCUCUUCCAGGAGAGCGUCCCCCCCGUCAUGGCCUUCCACCUGGGCUCCCUGGGGUUCCUCACGCCCUUCAAGUUCGACACCUACCAGUCUCAGGUCACGCAGGUUAUCGAAGGUAACGCGGCCAUCGUGCUGCGGAGCCGUCUGAAGGUGAGGGUGGUGAAGGAGUGCCGGGAGAGGAAGAGCGGCGUGGACGAGCAGGGCGUCAUCCUCACCAACGGGGAGGCGGACACCGGCCGCACGACUAUGCAAUACCAGGUACUGAACGAGGUGGUGGUGGAUCGGGGACCCUCGUCAUACCUCUCUAACGUUGACCUCUUUCUGGACGGCCACCUGAUUACCACAGUGCAGGGAGACGGUGUGAUCGUCUCCACGCCGACGGGCAGCACGGCGUACGCGGUGGCGGCGGGGGCGUCCAUGAUCCACCCCAACGUGCCGGCCAUCAUGAUCACGCCCAUCUGCCCCCACUCCCUGUCCUUCCGCCCCAUCGUGGUCCCCGCGGGGGUGGAGCUCAAGAUCAUGCUCUCCUGUGGUGCCAGAAACACCGCCUGGGUUUCCUUUGAUGGGAGAAAACGACAGGAAGUCUGCCAUGGGGACAGCAUCACCAUCACUACCUCCUGCUUCCCCGUCCCCUCCAUCUGUUUCCGGGACCCCGUCAACGACUGGUUCGAGAGCCUGGCUCAAUGUUUACACUGGAACGUCAGGAAAAAGCAGCACUACCUUGGGUCGGAGGAGGAAGAGGAGUACUGAGCAGCGCUGCGGAGGCCGUCUCGGCGACUCGGCGAAGACUUCGAGGAUCAGCUGUGGACUCGCGGGGGGACGGGGAGUUCCGUUCAGACCGCGGUGCGUUCAGGGAUCUGCUGCAGUACGUGUUCUAGUAAAAUUACCAGUGACAUCUCUAAUGAAGAUGUGGCUCCUUAAUGUCCACUUUCUGAAGCGGAGUGUCUCAGUGAAGCAUCUUUUUAUGAAAUAUUUAUAACUCUUUACAGGAGGUCAUUUUAGAGGUAGCAUUGAACUUCAGCUGUCUUUCCUGCAAUUAAAAAUGUAGCUAGUGCCUUAAGUCACUAAAUUAUGUGAGCAUAAUCAUUUUAACAUUUGUAUUUCUUUCUUUUUUUUUUUUUUUUUACAUUUCUUUUGAACUUAUGUUCCAUUGUGAUCUGCUCACAUUCAACUCUAGAUCUGUGACCUAGAGCAACCUUCAGUUGUUUAAUAAAUGAAUGGCCAUUUAUAGAUUUUGGGACGACUUGUCCUGAAAAGAAGUUUUAAACCAUUUUUGUUCAACCUGUUCUUGAAUAACGAUUACAUGUUAAGAUUUAAUUUAGUGUCAUUCAUGGCAAAGAUAAAACAGAGCAGUUCAUUAGUUUAAGAAAAGAAUAAACUACUCUUCCUGUCUCAGUGGAACCAGUGUAGUGCUUUUUAGCAUUUUACAAAAGACCACAGGUGCACCAAAGCUAACAUUGGCUAUCGUUGCUUAUAUUUCACUUAAAAUGUUUAAAUAGUACCUUGAAUAUUUAUCUUGGGUAAAGCUCAGUGUCAGAGAUGAUUGGUUUUCCGGUUCUUUUCCAGUCUGUAAUUGCAAUACCGGCUCCAACAGUGAGUGUAGACAGGUGCUGCAAGAAGAUGCAUCCGUCAGCAAACUCCGCAUUCUGUUCUGUGCUGAACCUCUCAGAGUUGUCUGUUAUCGCUGAAGUGGCCUUCUUCAUCUGUAGUAAGAGUUCUCUGUAAUGAACUACGUAUCGAGGAUCUUUGCGUGACAAAAAGGCUGUUGAGCUACCUGAAAGCAGUGUUCCAAAAUCCUGUCUUAGCAGAAUUUUUAUAUUGCAUAUCAUAGUGCGUUUUAUUUUAGAGCUAACCACAAUGUUGUGCGCUGUAUAUUUAAAUGAGACGUAUUGUGGAAUAUGGCAACGGUCAGGACUAAUUAAUUAGAUGUUCCCAAGGGGGGGUUAAGCCAUUUUUAAGUUAAACUAAGAGUACAUCUUUCCUACCGUUUAAACUGUCUCAGAUGGAUGAGUUGGGUCCAAAUCCAGUUUACACCAGCGUCACUCACUCCACAAGAAGAUUAGUGAAUAUAAAACACAGUCAUUCCUUCAUAUUUCCACUCUGGAUGUCUGAAUGUAAUGCAUUACUGCUGUUUUUGCCUUUUUUUUCUUUUCCUUUUUUUUGGGCCACCCUUGGUAAAAUGGUGUUGUUUUUUUGUAUUCUGAAUUGUACACAGGCGCUCUCUUAAUGACGCACGUGUAACGCAGGGGUUACAUUCCUGCCCCGUCAGGCUACCCUGAAGGCUGUUUUACACGUUUGCACGCAGCACGCCCGAGGGUGAAGCGAACCGAACGAUCGUGAGAGCGGCGCGCCGCUUUUGGCUUCGACUCGGCCGCUCGCAUUCCCCGACAUUCCUGAAACGAUCACACGCAUUUCUGUUAUGAGGUGGGAGGAGCCGACACGUUAUCAUCGUGGAAGAUCCAUCCAAGGUCUUUCUUCCUCCAGAGACUUUUGGGUGGCGUUUGUCUGUUUGUUUGUUUACAGGAUUCGUUUCGCAUUUAAAGGCACUUUACAUUAUCUGUUAUCACCUUGUCUGUGUGGGACUCUUCAAAAUGAGUUUGUCGUUAGCUCGUUAAAAACAAUCCGUGUCAACAUUGUUAGGCACUUUUUUUUUUUUUUUUUUUAAUUAAAAAAAAUCCUGUAUGGAAUUAACUUAGUCAGUCUCUCAUUCUAAGAAUGCCACACAGCUUCAUAUUAAUUUUCUGCUGUUUUAUAUCUUCUCCUUUAACUUAGUAUUUUCUAAUUGUCAGUUCUACGGAAACUUUGUAAAUAUUGGUAUUGAAAUCAGAUUUGGCUAUUUUCUCAGCGUUUUAAUAAACAGAGAUAAAUGUGU